AGUGUGUGACACAAAUAUGGCGGCUGUUGUGGAGAGUGCAGUGCAGUUUGCACCGUAUUCUAGUGCUGUUGACGCCGCGUUUUGGCAUAGACUCACUCAAAAUAAACUUGAAAUAUAUCAGUUAGACGAUAAACCCAAACCUCUACAGGGAUAUUACGUAAACAGUGAUCCUGCUGGUCUUCUAUGUCGUUUUAACCUGGAUUACAAUGCUUUUUCAGUUGAAAAGCCAGUACCACAAAGAACAUUUCCCAUGCAAGGGGUUUUGAUCAACACAAACACUGUUGAAGCUUUUAGAACUUACAAUAAAAUGGAGCUCAUUCAGUCAGUUGGACAACAGAUAUGGGAUUCUAUAAAAUCAGGGAAAGCUAUAGAGGACCCAUCAGUGCUUGGUCAGUUUGUGCUUAUCACCUUUGCUGACCUGAAGAAGUACAAGUUCUAUUACUGGUUUGCCUUUCCUGCUUUGUGUCCUGAGACCAGUGCUGUCAGUGUGUCUUCUCCUAUUUCACUUCGUGAUUAUUUUACGCCUAUGCAGAUUGCUAGUCUCCAGUCAUCAUAUGAUUCUCUCAGCAUUAAUGGCCUAGGACCUGGAUUUUUUCUCAUCAAGAUCUCUGGUAGUACAGUCACUUUGGGUCAUGUUAAUGAAUGGAAGACAUUUUUUAGUGUGGAUGAUUCAGAGGUGAGAAACAAAUUUUGAUUCUGAAAACUUGCG